AUGCAGGGCUUCAACAUGGGCCGCUAUCGGCCGCCCACCUCCGACCCUCGCACUGACGCCUUCAACACCACCAAUCCGCUCUCUCGCCGCACCCGCCCGGACGGCGCGCUGGUGGUGCGAUUCGAACUGCCCUUCAACGUUUUUUGCGCCCACUGCGCGCGGCAUAUCGCCCAAGGUGUACGGUUCAACGCGGAAAAGAGGCAGGUGGGCGAGUAUCUGAGUAGCAAGAUCUGGGGUUUCACGUGCAAGUGCACCUGUGGGGGAAGGUUUGAGAUCCGCACGGACCCGGAGAACGCGAGGUAUGUGGUUGGAGAGGGAGCCAAGAGGCAGGAGCAGGAGUGGGAUCCGGAGGAGAACGGCGGGCAUCCGAUAUACGAUAGUGAAGCAAAGGCGGAUGCCCAGGGGAAGCAGGACGCGUUUGCGGUGGUGGAGAAGCAAACGAAGGAAAAGUCAAAGGCAAAAGAGCGACAGAAGAGGCUUGAGGAGUUGGAACAGGAGCAGGAAAGGACGUGGAGCGAUCCGUACAGUGUCAAUGCCAGGCUGAGGAGCGGGUUCAGGAAUGAGAAGCGCGCGAGGGUGGAGCAGCUGGGGAGGGACUUGGAACUCAAGCGGAGGAUCGGGUGGAGUGAGGAGAGUGUGUUGGUGCACAGGACGCCGAGGUCGGACGUGCGAGAUGGUAAGGCGUGGGAGGAAGCGAGGAGACGCACGAGGGAUGCGAAUGGAAGCAAAGCCGGAUCUGCAUCAACGAAGACCAAUGACAGCAAAGCGAACUCGACGACUGCAGCACAGCGAUUGCGGACGACGCUGGUCGCCAACACGGUCAAGAAGCAGGACCCCUUUCUGAGGCAGAUGCGAACACAGACGCAGGCAGAGUCACGCUCUUCUUCUGCAGCAGCGGGCAAACGCAAGCUCGUGCAAACCCGGCCAUCGUCCUCGUCACGGCCAAGAGACAGCUGA